AUGACUGUCCUCAUAGGGAGUCUCAUCUACUCCUUCACACUUUUUUGUCAUCUGUCCUUGCUUGUGGUCAUAGCUACAAACAGAAAUCUACACUGCCCUAUGUAUUUUUUUCUUAUUACUCUAUCCAUUAACGACUUGAUUGGCAUCACUGCCACAAUGCCAAGGGUCAUGUCAGAUGUAUUGUCUGAUAACAGGCAUAUUACUUACCCAGCAUGCUUGAUUCAGGCUUUCUGUAUUCACAUGUAUGGCGGCGCAACACUUCUCAUCUUGUCCAUCAUGGCAUUUGAUCGCUACCUAGCUAUCUGUCAUCCACUGAGGUACCACUGCAUCAUGACUAAGAGCACUGUUUUAAGUCUGAUUGCCUCGGCUUGGCUGAUUGACUUUUUACUCGUGGGACCCUUGUUCGUUCUCACGUUGCGUUUCCCUCUUUGUAAAACAGCUAUUGUGAACAUAUACUGUGACAACCAGUCCCUGUUAAAACUGACCUGUGCAACAGACACCACGGUGAACAACAUCUAUGGCUUAUUUAUCACUGGUUUACUCCAUGGUGUAGGCAGUCCACUACUACUUCAGUCUUUUGCAGGAAUGAUAUAUAUAAUCGUUCCCCCAAGUCUAAACCCAGUAAUAUAUGGUAUGAAAAGUAAAGAGAUUAAAGCAAAAUUACUUCCAAUGUUUUGUUUGGCAAAAGGUGCUUUUGACGGUGAACAUGAGUCAUCAUGGGCACUCCGACUGGUCUGCGGCUACGCAGCCCCGUACACAGCAGAGUGA